AUAUCAUACAUGAGUAUAAAGAUCACGUAAAAUAAAUGUAUAAAAGAUCACAAUCAGCAACUGAUCAAAACAUUAUGGGUAGUGGCAGUGGAUCAGUAGUGAUUGUUAGAUCAGAAAUGGAAGCGGUUCAGACGGUGCCACCGUUAGAGAUAACGGCUCCAAGAAAGGUCCGUCAAAUAGUGAUGUCAUCGGCGGCUGGAGCCAUGGGUGAGUACGUUUGGGGUUGGGGAGGGUGCGUUCACACGGUCCUUUACUACAACAAGAAGCCAUUAGCCGAGGAGGAGGAGGACUCUGGCUCGCUUCACGCCGGCUGGAUCAAGGAGUCUCUAGCCAUAGCUCUCUCCCAACAACCCUUAUUCUCUGGAAGGCUUCAGAAACUAGAUGAUGUUAAUUACGGAAUUGUUGCUAAUGAUGCCGGAGUCAGAUUAAUCGAGGCUCGGCUUCCGGUCACCGUGUCGGAGUUUUUACUUCAUCUUGAUCGUGCUUGUGGCUCCACUAGGAGGGAAGCUGAGGCUCAGCUUGUGUUUUGGAAAGAUGUUGAUCAAACAGAUCCUCAGUUUUGUCCUCUAUUUUAUGUUCAGGUGACAAAAUUUGCAUGUGGUGGAUACUCCUUUGGGAUAAGUUGCAGCCUUUUUUUAGUUGACAUUUUAUUCAAGGAAAAUUUUCUCAGAAAAUGGGCUGACAUCCACAAAAAUAUGGUAACAAAAGAGAGACCUUUAUUUUAUCUUCCAAAUAUAAAAUACACUCCUGCAUCAAAUAUAACAGAUGUUAUUAGCUCAAGUGCUAGCCAAGACAACUCUGCUGAUGAUCAAACAAUCAUCUUUAAUGUCAAAUAUUCAAAUGAAGACAACCCUCCUAUUACUGAUAAUACAAUUGCAUUGCUUUGCGUUGAGAAGGCUGAGACCAAGCUUGGUACUAAAAUGGCUUUGGAAUAUUUCUCUUUCUCUUAUGUGAAAGAGUCCAACAAUGAUAAUAAUAUGGUGAUGAAGCUAGAAAAAUGUUCAUCCAAGUAUGAUCUUGCAACUAAUAAGAAAAAUCUAAGCUUCAAGGAUCAAGUUGCAAGUUGGGACGAUUUUGGAACCAAUAAAUUGGAAUUUCGUAAAGGGAAUUUGCCACUUCGUGUUUCUAAUUGGAUUGGAUCGAUAUCCAAAGGAUUUAUCAUGGCAAUUCCAUAUUAUUUCGAUAAUCACGAGAAUGUCUCUGGGUUAAAAGUGAUUGUGAAGAUGGAUUCUAUAAAUAAAUAGAUGCCAAUCGAAACUUAAAAAUUUUAUUAUAUAUCAAUUCAUAAUUAUCGUGUAUCUUUUAUUCAAAUGUCAUUUUAGAGACAUACUGCAUUUUAAUUGUUCAAGCUAUUCGUGGUUCGG